AUGAUGACAGUGAAUCCACAACCCUAUUCAAACACUCGACCUAACAUCCGAAUGCAUGACUCUGAAAAAACAAAUUUAACAGAUCUACGAGUAGCUCCUUUCCCCUAUUUACCGGAUUCAGUUGGUGAUCAAUACAAAAGUCUUGUUCAAUUUAUCACCGAUGAAUUUCAAUCUAUUCAUCCGAAUAUUCGCUUACAUCUACGACCAUUGAAUAUCAGUGAUGGUUUCUAUGCAAUGCCGACCCUUACUCAAUGGUUGAGAAGUGAUGAUUAUGAAUAUGAUGUGGUGGAAGUCGAUACUGUGGUGUUAGGCGACCUGGUCAGUGCUGGUCUAAUCGCACCACAACGGCCCAGAUCAAGCAAACGUUCUGAUUGGCAUUCCGCUGCUGCUACUUCUGUUGAAUUUAAUCAGGCUGUGUAUGCUUAUCCUCAUUUAAUGUGUGUCACGUUUCUCUUUACUCGCGACGAAAAGGUCGCCCAAGUGAGCACGAUCAAUCAGUUGAUUGAUGUAUUAGGCGAUAAAGCCACUGUAAAUUAUCGUCUAGUUGGAAAUUUGGAUUCAAGCUGGGUAUUACCUUCACGAUUAAUUCACUGUUCUCAGGAUAGCAACGAUUCAGGAUCGAACAGUGCAGCAUUCGCUCUUCAUGCCUAUGAGCAUAGCUCCUUCGAAUGUGUACGCAAAUUAGCUCGACUUUGCGACCGAACAGGUGAAGAAAAUCAUUGUCUCGAUGGAACAUUCGAUCAAAAACCGGAUAUGCCAGCCCUGUUGUUCGCAAACAAACAAGCUGAUGCUAUGUUUGCGUAUUCUGAACAGCUGUUUACUAUUCUUAAAAAUGGAGCUCCUGAUGACUACAACAAGAUCAAAAUGAUUCCAUUUCCUGCUGGUACAUUGCACAAUCAACCCCUAUUUGCUGUCGAUGCUUAUGUAUUCAGGCGAAAUAUGUCCAAUGAAGUACUCAAUGCUGCACGGGCAUUCGUCGAAUUCAUGGCUACGCCUCGUAUGCAAGCAACUGUGGUUGCCAGCGGAGACAAUACCAAUCGUUCUUCGAUACCUCGUUAUCUACUUCCAAUAUCAAAAAAUGCCUAUGAUGAAGCACUCUUGACAGUUGUAGUUACUCACAUACCAUGGGAAAAUUGUGGAAGUGAAUCAAAUGUUAUUAAAUUGCUAAAUCUUACAGUAAGUCCAGAUCCAAUUGUGGUUCCUGGAUUGCUUUCUAUAACAGCUACUAUCUAUACCAAUCAAAAGUUAACAAGUCCGUUAAAAGCAACAUUAUCAGUAAGGAAAAGUUUUUAUGGAAUUUAUGUUCCACUUCCUUGUGACAGUUUUCGUUUGUGUUCAAUUGAUGAUCUUUGUUCUUCUUCUAAGCAAUAUAAAUGUCCACUAGAAGAAGGAGUACAUAUAUUCUCUGGUUCAGCGAAACUUAAUUCUAUAUCAGGGUGGUUUGCUGGAGAUUACCAAGGACAAAUCAAUGUAGAAACUAAUUCAAACGGAAAAGGUUGUGUUAGAAUUAAUCAUAUAUCUAUUGAAACAAAUAAAUAA